GCUGCCCGAGGCGGAGGCGGGCACGGGGCCGCGCGGCGCGGCAGCGCCCCCUGUCGCGGCUGUGCUGGUCUGUGCCGGCGCGGGCUGCGGCGGUGGCGGGCGGAGCGGAGCGGGGAGCGCAGCGGAGCGGGGCGGGAUGGCGGGCGCCCUGUCGGAGGUGCUGGGAGAGGUGCUGGUGGCCGCGGACGGGGAGGAGGUGGCCGUGUCGGCGCUGGCAGCCCGCGGUGUCUCGUUGGUGGGGCUUUACUUCGGCUGCAGCCUCGGCGGCCCCUGCGCGCAGCUCGGCGCCAGCCUGGCCGCCUUCUACGGGCGCUUCAGGGGGGAGGCGGCGGCGGCCGGCGGGCAGCGCCUCGAGAUCGUCUUCGUGUCGGCCGAGCAGGAGCAGCAGCAGUGGCAGGAGGCCGUGCGGGCCAUGCCCUGGCUGGCGCUGCCCUUCGCCGACAAGCACCGCAAGCUGAAGCUGUGGAACAAGUACAGAGUCUCCAACAUUCCUUCCCUAAUAUUUAUCGAUGCCUCCACCGGGAAGGUGGUUUGCAGGAACGGCCUCCUGGUCAUCCGAGAUGACCCUGAAGGUCUGGAGUUCCCUUGGGGGCCAAAACCCUUCAGUGAAGUUGUUGCUGGGCCUCUGCUAAGGUACAAUGGCCAGACGCUAGACAGCAAUGCCCUGGAGGGCUCUUAUGUUGGGGUCUAUUUCUCUGCACACUGGUGCCCACCGUGCCGAAGCCUCACAAGGGUCCUGGUGGAGUCCUACCGGAAAAUCAAGGAGGCAGGCCAGAAGUUUGAGAUACUCUUUGUUAGUGCAGACAGGUCAGAGGACUCCUUCAAGCAGUAUUUCAGCGAGAUGCCAUGGGUAGCUGUGCCAUAUGCUGACGAGGCCAGACGGUCACGCCUGAAUCGACUCUAUGGCAUACAAGGCAUCCCAACGCUCAUUGUCCUGGACUCCAAGGGGGAUGUGAUCACGCGGCAGGGGCGGGUGGAGGUGCUGAACGACAUCGAGUGUCACGAGUUCCCCUGGCACCCCAAACCCGUGCUGGAGCUGACGGACACCAACGCCGUGCAGCUGAAUGAGGGCCCCUGCCUCGUUCUCUUUGUAGAUUCAGAGGAUGACGGAGAGUCAGAUGCAGCAAAACAACUGAUUCAGCCCAUAGCUGAGAAAAUCAUUGCCAAGUACAAAGCCAAAGAGGAGGAGGCACCGUUGCUCUUCUUUGUGGCAGGCGAGGAUGACAUGACUGACUCCCUGCGGGAUUACACCAACCUGCCCGAAGCUGCGCCCCUGCUCACCAUCCUGGACAUGUCGGCCCGAGCCAAGUAUGUGAUGGAUGUGGAGGAGAUCACACCCGAAAUCGUGGAAGCCUUUGUCAGCGACUUUCUAGCAGACAAGCUAAAACCUGAGCCCAUCUAAGGGGGCUUCUGUGCCAACAGACAUUAUUUAAAACUAGGUCUCUCUUCCGCCGCUUGUGGAUUCUCCAGCGUGUCCUCACGCCCGACCCAGUAUCCAACCUUCUUGUGGUGCCUUGUUUUACGCAGUGAAUCCUUCUCCUAAGCAAACUCCUUGAGAUGCACUUUCAGCAGGGAGUUGUUGGCGUUUGGAGACUUCGCUUGUGCUUCAUGGUGAUAUAUUCUCUAAUAACCAGGCCAGAACUGUUAUCGUUAUUUUAUACAUGGCACUAGCUAGCAGGCAAAUCUUUUUGCAUGGUGUUCUUCCCAACGUAUGCAUCAGGCAGUGGAUGGGGUUCUUGGGGCUCUUUUCUUCUCCCCCUUCUUUCCUUUCCUACCACCCCUGCUGACCAAGUGACUUCAAGGAAGCAAUAAGGAAACCAUCCCCUUUGCCCCUGGCCCGUCCUUUCCCAUGCAAGUGCCCUGACGAGGCGAAGACAAAGUCUUAACUGCUGACAACCUCUGAAAGACCACGACGCAGCCGAGCUCUUCCUCCUGGGGGUGAGACCUUUCCUGGUGGGUUUCCCACCUCCCACCCCAAGCACCGACAGCCUUAGGUGGCGCUGGCUGUGCGUGUCAGGGUCCACCCGCCUGCAAUAGGUGAUACUCCAUCCCUCCCUCUCUCCGAGCCAGGAGGAGGACCACCAACGGGCUGCCCUCCCCUCUCUAAUCUCUCCCUUGUGCUCUCCCCAUCCCCUUGUUGCCCCUUUCUCUUGUAUGAAUUGUCUUCUCCCUCUAUGUUAGUUGAUUGAGCUGUUUUUCGUAGGUGUGUCCCAAACUCAAUGUUAAUGGUGCUGUUCUUUAAAAAAUAACCAAAAAAACCCCCCAAACCCCAACAACAAAAAAAAUCCCUCCCUAACCCAAGCAGCACAGCCGAGCCCCCCAAAGUGACAUUGUAAAAACUGUACAUGGUGAUUGGAACUUUGUAAUAAAACUGUUACAACAACCUCGUC